AUCUCCCACCUUCCCCCGUUCACAAAUGCGCCGCCACUUUCUCAACUGCCGACCACUUCCUCUUUCUCUCCGUCAACCAUCCGCGGUCUAAUUCCGACCCUUAACUUCCUUUUUCCAAUUUUCUGCAUCGAAACCCAUCUGGGUCCGUCAGGUCUUUGCCAAUUUCUAUAGCCUUUACUUGAUAUAGAAUAUAGAAUUGCUUUCGUGAUUCAUGUUUAUCGCCCAGGAUCACUGGUUUUUGGCCCUUGUUGAGAUUGGGGCAUUGAAACCAUCCUUGCCCAUAAAUGAUUUUGCAGUAUCCUUCUGUGAGUUUCACCUUCUCGCAUCCUGUUGCUUCUCCCCAGCUCUGCCCAUGUAGUAAUCUGGCAUCAAUUACUGCUCAUAACUCCAGGAGGAGGAAGAGGAAAAAGCCCAUCACCAAUUUUUCUUACCGAGGUUUUAGAAAGAGGUUUGGUUUACUUGCUAGUUCAAUUCGUUCCGAUGCUUCGAAUCAUAAAUUGAGUAUAGAAUUUGUUAGUUCUGCGAGACGUGGUGCUAAGAAUUUUGUAGCUAAAGGCUUUUCCGACGAGUUUUCGAAUGGGGAGGAAUUGUCCCAGGAACCGUCGAUCCAAAUGGGGUCAAAUUUUACCAAUUUUCAGGAAGAUCCAAUUGUAGGCAAGUUAAGGACUCAGUUGGGAGUGAUACACCCAAUUCCCUCGCCUCCCAUUAAUCGAAACAUAGCGGGGUUAUUCGUGUUCUUCUUCUUUGUUGGAGUCGCUUUUGAUAAGAUAUGGACCUCAAGAAAGAGGAGGAGCAAAAUGGGCGGCGAAGAUGUACUACGAAAAGGAGGAGGAGCGUGGCCGCAAGUGCCCACAAGCUUCUCCUUGUUCUUGGAAAGAGAUUUGCAGAGGAAAGAGUCGGUGGAGUGGGUGAACAUGGUGUUGGGGAAGUUGUGGAAGGUGUAUAGAGCAGGAAUUGAGAAUUGGAUUAUUGGAUUGUUGCAGCCUGUUAUUGAUGAUCUGAAGAAGCCUGAUUAUGUACAGAGGGUUGAAAUAAAGCAGUUCUCCCUAGGGGAUGAGCCUUUAAUUGUUAGGAAUGUUGAGCGCAGAACUUCUCGUGGUGUCAAUGAUUUGCAGUACCAAAUAGGGCUUCGUUAUACUGGUGGUGGACGCAUGCUUUUAAUGCUCUCGCUGAACUUUGGCAUCCUUCCGAUUAUGGUGCCUGUUGGUGUUCGAGAUUUUGACAUUGAUGGAGAACUUUGGGUCAAAUUGAGACUAAUACCAACAGAACCCUGGGUUGGGGCUGUUUCAUGGGCUUUUGUUUCACUUCCAAAGAUCAAGUUUGAAUUGUCACCAUUUCGAUUGUUUAAUCUUAUGGCUAUUCCUGUUCUCUCAAAGUUUUUGACAAAACUGCUAACUGAGGAUUUGCCUCGGUUAUUUGUUCGUCCAAAGAAGAUUGUUCUGGAUUUCCAAAAAGGAAAAGCUGUUGGUCCUGUUGUGAAUGAUUUUGAAUCAGGCCCUGUUACAAAUGAUUUUGAAUCAGGAGAAAUACAAGAAGAGAAAAACAAAGAUUUUGUGGGAGAACUGUCGGUGACUCUUGUAGAUGCUCGGAAACUAUCAUAUCUUUUCUCUGGCAAAACAGAUCCCUAUGUUGUUCUAAGCCUGGGGGAUCAAAUUAUACGUAGUAAAAAAAACAGUCAAACUACUGUUAUUGGGCCACCUGGUGAGCCAAUUUGGAACCAGGAUUUUCAAAUGCUUGUGGCAAACCCUAGAAAGGAAAAAUUAAACAUCCAAGUGAAAGACUCUCUUGGAUUUGCAGAUUUGACCAUUGGUUCCGGAGAGGUUGAUUUGAGGACUCUCAAAGACACUGUCCCAACAGACAAGAUAGUGGUCUUGGGAGGAGGUUGGGGAUUGUUCAGAAAGAGAUCCAAUGGAGAGGUACUAAUUAGACUGACAUAUAAGGCAUAUGUUGAGGAUGAAGAAGAUGAUACAACUGAGCCUAGAUCGAGUGAGACUGAUGCUUCAGAUGAUGAAUUGUCUGAUUCUGAUGAAUCAGAGGUCACAUAUGAGGAGGGUGUGAUGGACUCUACAAAAGAAACAGAUAGAGAGUCAUUUAUGGAUGUUCUAGCAGCUCUGAUUGUGAGUGAAGAAUUUCAAGGCAUAGUGUCAUCUGAACCAAUCAAUAACAAAUUUUCAGAAGGCAUCCCAGCGACAGGACCUUUGGCAUCAAGAUUACGCCGUGCUAAUGAUGAAUCUGCACCCUCAGAAUCUGAUAAAGGCGUGGAAGUACUUGGAGGAUCAGCCUUAUUCUGGUUUGCUAUCAUUACAAGUACAUUAGUUCUUAUUGCUAUCAGUACAAUUGGCUCAAGUUUAUUCAACCCUUGAUACCAUCAGCAGGAGUUUUGUUAGGAUUUACUGCUUCUCUUUGAUCAGGCUCUAAACCAAGCAUUUGCAAAUUUCCUAUCAGCUUAAGAAGUAUAUUCAUUUAUUUGGGUUUUCCUAUGGUGAUUAGAAGAGGAAUGCUCUGUCCCCGGUAGAAAAAAUUUUGGCUUCAUUUUCCCCAGGCCAUUAUAACUGUAAUUUACCUUGUAUAUCCAUUUAUGUUUAUAUGAUUUUUUCUUUUUGCCAUUUAAACUUACAUUCCAGUAUAAAUUCACUCAUUUAAUGUUAUAAUGUUAUAAGAUAAAAUUGUGUGAAUUAG